UGCUCGGUGAGGUAGCUCCAAAGUGCCUCCGAAUAUGUCGACAAAUAACCGGUGAAGGAAUACUCGACGCGCCUUCUCCACGGAAUGUCACCUCCAGGGCACCAUGGAGGUCUGUCGCUCCCCGUUGGACCGGGACCUCACGGCUGAACGUCAUUAUUCGACACCCUGUUCGAGCUAGCGUUAGCCACAUAUGCUAACACCAGCGCUCCCUGGCCGAAAGGGGAGCCGAAGUUGGUGCGUCGCUAUGCGGCAGUGGACCGCGGAGUAAGGACGGUAACUCCCGUGGAAGUUAUCCCGCUCGGGGUUUGGGCGAUGGAGAGGUGCGUGUCGCGCCGCCGCUGAGGUCUCUUUUUCAAUCAAUCAAUCAACCAAUCAAAGUUUAUUUAUAUAGCCCUAAAUCAAGAGUGUCUCAAAGGGCUGCACAAGCCACAACGACAUCCUUCGGCUCAGAUCAGGGCAAGGAAAAAACUCAACCCAAUGGGAUGCAAUGAGAAACCUUGGAGGGGACCGCAGAUGUGGGGACCCCCGCCCUGGGCCACCGGUGCAAUGGACGUGGAGUGGAUCUAGUUAAUAGUGGGAGAGUCCAGUCUGUAGUGGGGGCCAGCAGGGGGUCAUCUUGAGUGGAGACAAGUCAUCAACUGAUGCACAGAUGAGUGAUCCACCCCGCGUCCUGACUUUGAACAGCUAGCGCCUCAUCCGUGGUCACCAAAUCUGUGCCCCCUACCGCCCUCUCCACGCGGGAGACGGCAGAUCAACUGGUCUAAAAGGUUGGGGUCUAUUUAAAAGCUAGAGUAUACAAAUGAGUUUUAAGAUGGGACUUAAAUAGUAGCAUCUCUAACUGUUACUGGUAGGGCUUUCCAGAGUACUGGAGCCCGAAUAGAAAACGGGCGGCCCGGGUGCUGGUGUGCGAUCAUGUCCUGCAAAGCCGCCAUGGCCAAGGACAAGAAGACGAGCUUCGGUAAGAAGCUGUUCAGACGAGGUUCCGUCCGCUCCGUGGGAAGUUUCAUGAGCAGAGUCCUGAGGACACUGACCGCCCUGUCCCACUUUGGAUCCGAAGUCCAAACCGAGGAGGACAAGGACGACGACGGAGGCUUCACCGCGUUUAAGUCCGGAGCCAAGGACGCGCCCGUGGACGACGGCGACCUGGGGGUUUUCCUCUCCGGCGAGAGAAUCCCCGGCGUGGCCGGGCUGAAGAACCACGGCAACACCUGCUUCAUGAACGCUGUUCUGCAGUGCCUCAGCAACACGGAGCUGUUCGCGGAAUUCCUCGUUUUGGAGCAGUACAAGAAAGAGGGGCUGGUCGAGGACAAACCAAAGACAAACGGCGUCCAUCUGCAAAAGAAGGGACCCGCAGCCAAGGGGGAAGUGACCGAGCAGUUGUCUGGACUUGUCCGAGCUUUGUGGACGUUUGAGUACACCCCCCAGCACAGCCGAGAAUUUAAGAACGCGGUGUCAAAAAACGCCACACAGUUUAAAGGCAACGCGCAGCACGACGCUCAAGAGUUCCUGCUGUGGCUGCUGGACAGAGUUCACGAGGACCUCGACACAGUCAACCCCAUCGGCAGGCUCUCCUUAAAGCCACCUAUUGAGGAGGAUGACCAACAUGCAGAAGGACCCUCCCCUCCGCUCUCAGCUGGUUCAUUUGUACAAGAGCUCUUUCAGGCUCAGUACAGGUCCUCGCUCACAUGCCCACAUUGCCAGAAACAGAGCAAUACCUUUGACCCCUUCCUCUGCAUCUCACUACCCAUCCCACUGCCGCACACGCGGCCAUUGUACGUUACGGUGGUCUACCAGGGGAAGUACUCGCACUGUUUGAGGAUCGGGGUCGCCGUGCCCCUCAACAGCGCCGUGUAUCGCCUCCGGGAUGCUGUGUCGCGCUCGACCAAGAUGGCUAUGGACCAGUUCAUUCUGACCGAAAUGUACUACGACGGUUUCCACCGUUCCUUCUGCGACGACGACGACGACCUCAACAUCAUCCAAGAGAGCGACUCCAUCUUUGCCUUUGAGACGCCGGAGAUGUUUAAACUCGAAAGCCUACGCACCAAAAGAGGAAGUCUUCUGGCCAACCUGAAUCACAACAACUUGAAAUACGGGACGGAAAAUAGUCGGACGUCAUCUUUUAUGCAGGGGGCUGGGACCCCUUUGGCAUCGCCCAAUAAAAACCUGGCUCCUGAGAAGAUGAUCCUCCUGGUGUGCAAUAGGGCCUGUACUGGACACCAAGCAAAAAGAUUUGGCUUGCCUUUCGUUCUCUACAUGGAGCGUACGACCACCUGGGACGCGCUCCAAAAAGAGAUCUUGGAGAAAAUGCGCCACCUCCUCCGACCUGGAGUCUAUAUUCAGGUGGGGCCUUUCAGUCUUCGCGUGGUCGGCGUGGUGGGGAUCACCUACCUCCUUCCCCAGGAUGAGCGACCGCUGUGUCAUCCGACUGUGGAGAGAGCAUAUAAGUCCUGUGGACAGGGCGGGCCGCCGCACGUGAAGAUCGUGGUGGAGUGGGACAAAGAGACCAAAGACUAUCUAUUCGGACACACGGAGGAGGAGUACAUACCCGACGCCGAGAGCGUGUAUCUGUACAGGGAGCAACACCACCAGCCGCAGGCCUGCACUCUGGCUCAGUGCUUUCAGCUGUACACUAAAGAGGAGCAGCUGGCCCCAGACGACGCCUGGCGCUGCCCCCACUGCAAGCAGCUGCAGCAGGGCCGCAUUAAGCUCAGCCUGUGGACAUUGCCUGACGUGCUCAUACUGCACCUCAAGAGAUUCAGACAGGAGGGAGACCGCAGGGUGAAGAUGCAAAACUUGGUGCAGUUCCCGCUGAUGGGCAUGGACAUGGCGCCUCACGUGGUGAAGAGGAGCCAGAGCAGCUGGAGUUUACCUUCCCACUGGUCACCGUGGAGACGACCCUACGGCUUAGGGAGAAACCCUGAUGACUUCCUGUAUGACCUGUACGCUGUGUGCAACCAUCACGGGAGCAUGCACGGAGGCCACUACACUGCCUACUGCAAGAACUCCGUCGAUGGUCAGUGGUACUGUUUUGAUGACAGCGAGGUUUCACCGGUAGCCGACGACGACGUGUGUCAACAAACUGCCUACAUUCUUUUCUACCAGCGGAGGACUGCUAUACCUUCCUGGUCCGCCAACAGUUCUGUUGCAGGCUCUACCAGUUCUUCCCUGUGCGACCACUGGAUCAACAGGCUGCCCGGUAGCAGACCUGCUAGCUUGGCGUCAGGCGCCUCGUCCAGACGCACCUCUCUGGCUUCGCUGGCGGAGUCGGUGGAGUUUCCCGCAGAGCGUAGCGAAGACGACGGUGGUUUCUCCGUCCGCCCCUUCGUGAGGAGCAUCCAGCAUCAGAGCUCGUCUUCCAGGUCGUCCAUUGCCAGCCCCUUAGCUUACAGUGACAGCGGCGUCAAGCCCUCCUGGUCUCUCUCCACCAAGCUGCAAAUGAGGUCCAGCUCACCCUCGCGCUUCUCCCUGGACUCUCGGUGCUCGCCACCCCUUGAGCGGAUUGGCGAGGCCUGCGACGACCGCGUGUCCACGUCCUGCUUCGGCAGCUACAGCCGACACGAGCGCUACUUCGGCGGCAGGACUCCCUUGUCUGCGGUGGAGAGCAACCACGCCGAGCAGGAGAACCACAACAAGCGUUUCCUGGAUAUGAUGUACUGCCGCGCUCCCACGCCGGUGGACAAGAAGACGUCCAAAAACGAGCCCACCGAAAACAACAACCAGAUCACGGCCAUAGACCAAAACGUCCUUCCGUCUCAAUCCACGCCCUCCAAGGAGCAGAAACGCAAAGAAAGCACGAGCUCCACGAAAACCGCCAAAGCAGAGCAGGAAAAAACCUCCAAAAAACGUCUGUGUAAUAAACCCGCGACGUCCGAGACCCCUUCGAGCACGCCUGUAAAAGGCAAGAAGGUAAGCAACACGAAAGAGAAGAACGUCACGAGCAAGAAAAGCACCUCGACACCUAGUGGGACGCCUUCCAAAACAAAGGAGGCGUCCUCAAAUCUGGAAGCGACGUCAAAACACAGACUGUGUGUGCGCUCCACGCCUCUGUCGUCAGCGUCACCCUCCCCCACCACCAAGAAGAACCCGGGCGUCCCCGAGAAGAACCCGGCCAGCGCUCGUAAGCGUCUGGUGGAGAGGAGCUUCAGCAGAGACUCCAUACACACCAGUCCUCUGAUCAACAGCCCGCGAGGGAGCCCUCUGUCCAAGACGGGCGAAAGCAGCCGACACGAGGCGAAGACGGUGCGGAGCUCCAGCAGCAGCUCGUCCGUCACCAGCCUGCGCUCUCCCAGCGUGUCCAGCAGAGACCUGCAGCGCGGCGGGAAGUCGGAGGAGAAAGGCCUGUCCUUCUUUAAAAGUGCGCUGAGACAACGGGAAAGCCGCCGGUCGGCCGACUUAGGCAAGAGCAGCCUGCUUUUCAAAAGGACCUCGGAGAGGACAUGCAAGCAGAACGGACAGGCCAAGGAAGGCGGCGUUGAGAACGGCAAAACGGCGGUCGACACAUCCUCGCCUCUGAAAGCAGACGCUCCGAGAGCCGCAGCUGAGAAAAAGGCAGAAGCCAAGGAGUCCAAGGCCGCCUCCUCUCUCGGCCGCUCUCUGCUGCACGUGGGCAAGACCAAUGCUUCCGGUGCCGACACGAGUCUCAAGUCGCCGGCCAACGGUAAGAAACCACUCGACAAGAAGACGCCUUCCCGGAAGCCGUCGUCGAGCACGCAAUCACCCGCACGUACGACACCGCGGCCUCAGUGACGCCACCAUCGUACGUACUUUUCUUCUUACUGAAUGCAGCUACUGUACAUUCUCUGUGCCUACCUUCUGCUCAGCACCCCGCUGUGAAAAGUACGCAAACUUGACACUUAGGCUACCUUCACACUGUUGCAAUUCCGGUUUUAUUCACAGUACAAUUCCCGUUUUUACAAAUCCAACCAAGGCCUCUUUCAUAUUUAGAUAUAAAUUCCGUUUAUGGCCGAUACAACUGCAGUCUGAACAAUCGGGUCGCGGUUAUCCAACCUAAACGUCAUCAAAACGCGACAGUUCUCGGCCAAAAUAGACAAUUGCGAAAAGAAAUAUUGGACAAAUGAGCAGAAAAAGAUGUUUUAGAUAGGGAUGCAAUGAUUAACAAGAUUAAGAUUAAGAAGAGAAAUCUGUUAGACUUUUCAAGUUUGUUGUGAGGUCGUUCCAUUCCUUUAUGGCUUUAUAUGAAAAGGCUGAUUGUGCAAAUGAUGUUUUACAUCUGGGUACGCUACACUGCCCCCUGGUGGAGGCUCGUGUGUUUUCUAGUUGUCACAGCAGAUGUAAACUGGACAAAGUGCUUAAGUGGCGCUGGUGCAGUGUUAUUUAGGAUUCAUGACAUAGUAAUCGUGAUUAUUACUCGGACAUUAAUCGUUGCAUUCCUAGUUCUAGAACUCACGUUGAUAUCCCACCACUACGGAGUCCUCAGAACAGGCAAAUGUCCCACAAACUGCGUGGGACAAAAUUAUUGUCUUCCUUCUUAAUCUUGUACGUGAAACAAUUUGGUUGGAAAAAAAAAUUCUGCAAAUCUACUGAAAUUGGAGCCAUGUUUACCAACUAAUGACGUCAAGAUCGGAUCUAAGAGAAAAUUAAAAAAAUCUGAAUUGGCCGUAAUACCCUGCAGUGUGAACGUAGCCUCAGAAUCCAAAAUCCCAUCCAGGAGACUUACUUCAUUAAUGAGCUUUCUCCUCAGUGACAUAAUUAGUCUGUGGUCAAGGUCGAGACCACAAACAUGAAAUAGAAAGCGUUUCAUUCCGCGUAAUUAUUUAUUUACGUUUCGAAAAUUGAUUUGAGCAAAGACGUGUCGGUGAGAAUUUUUUUAAAGUCACGAUGGCCAAUGAAACGGCAGAAUAAACUUGCUAAUUGGUCCACAAGACACACUUAUAGAUAUUUUACAACUAUUUUUGUUUAAAUACAAGUUUUAUAAUAGUGUUUUAUAAGAAAAUGUUUUGGAAUGAAACCCUUUAAAAAUCUCUAUAUAUACACAUCGUGUGUGUGUGUGCAUAUAUAUAUAUAUAUAUAUAUAUAUAUAUAUAUACAUACAUAUAUACACUACCGUUCAAAAGUUUGGGGUCACCCAAACAAUUUUGUGGAAUAGCCUUCAUUUCUAAGAACAAGCAUAGACUGUCGAGUUUCAGAUGAAAGUUCUCUUUUUCUGGCCAUUUUGAGCGUUUAAUUGACCCCACAAAUAUGAUGCUCCAGAAACUCAAUCUGCUCAAAGGAAGGUCAGUUUUGUAGCUUCUGUAACGAGCUAAAGUGUUUUCAGAUGUGUGAACAUGAUUGCACAAGGGUUUUCUAAUCAAUUAGCCUUCUGAGCAAACACAUUGUACCAUUAGAACACUGGAGUGAUAGUUGCUGGAAAUGGGCCUCUAUAUACCUAUGUAGAUAUUGCACCAAAAACCAGACAUUUGCAGCUAGAAUAGUCAUUUACCACAUUAGCAAUGUAUAGAGUGUAUUUCUUUAAAGUUAAGACUAGUUUAAAGUUAUCUUCAUUGAAAAGUACAGUGCUUUUCCUUCAAAAAUAAGGACAUUUCAAUGUGACCCCAAACUUUUGAACGGUAGUGUAUAUAUAUAUAUAUACAUACAUACACACACACAUAUAUAUAUAUAUACACAAUAUAUAAAUAGCUGUAGAUGAGUCUGUAUAGAAAGUAUAAAGUAUGUAUUGUUCUACUUCCAAAAGCAAAGUCAAAACAAUCUUAAGCGCGUUACUAAUAGUAACAAACGGUAACAUGGUAGUCUACUACUGUAUGCAUCACUGAGUAGGAAUGUAGUAAUUAUUCUGCACUUUGUAAUAGAUCAGUAGCUUCCUUCCUCCUGUAGCAAAAGUAUACAAACACUAACUUGAUGUAACUCUCGCGUGUCUUCUAAAACAUCAUUUUAACAUAUCGUCAAGUAGUUCCAGGCCUUAAAUAUUUAAAAAAAAGGGUACAUGGUGCUGUAACCAGACACGGUCUGGCAUUUUUAACACCAGAACUUAGUACAACCCAGUCAGCGUAUGUUAUGUCAUCCAUCCUAAACUUGUUUUUGUUGACAUCAUGUCAUAAUAUAGUGCUCUUCAAGAAAUACGAGCAAUGCUGGCUUUGUCACGUUAACCCUGCGUCUAAUGCGGAACAAGCCAGUACACACGGUAUGAGGGAGAAUAUUAACUGAAGUAAUUGUUGCCAUCAAAGUACAGAAAGUGGGACAACACUUACUGUAAAUGCUCCAAUUGUAUUUAUUCACCUAAACCGCAAAGACGACAGGAUGUAAUUAGAAGCAAGCAAUAAUUGAAGAAGUGUGAACAAUUAGAGUAAAUGUUUGCUGUAUUUUGGCCAUACUUUGUCACUCCACUAUAAAUGUUUUCUUCUAAGCAGGUUAGCUUUUUUUUUAGUGUUAAAUUAAAACAUUUCGAUGUCCAUUUAUUUCACAGGUGUAUGAUGCACUGGCAGUUAUUCAGCAAUACCCUAAAGCAAUACAGAACAUGAUGUAAGUCCUUUAUUUGUCAAACUUCUUUUUUUUGUUCAAAUCUCUCAAAUCACCUUAACCUAGUAAGGCCCAAGCUGUUUGUUUACAUGCUUUUUUAAAAUUUAUUUCUCUUUGCUAUUUGGGCUUAUUGGACCCUACCGUAUUUUUUGGAGUAUAAGUCGCACCGGAGUAUAAGCCGCACCGGCCGAAAAUGCAUAAUAAAGAAGGAAAAAAACAUAUAAAAGUCGCACUGGAGUAUAAGUCGCAUUUUUUGGGGAAAUGUAUUUGAUAAAAGCCAACACCAAGAAUAGACAUUUGAAAGGCAAUUCAAAAUAAAUAAAGAAUAGUGAACAACAGGCUGAAUAAGUGUACGUUAUAUGAGGCAUAAAUAACCAACUGAGAACGUGCCUGGUAUGUUAACGUAACAUAUUAUGGUAAGAGUCAUUCAAAUAACUAUUACAUAUAGAACAUGCUAUACGUUUACCAAACAAUCUGUCACUCCUAAUCGCUAAAUCCCAUGAAAUCUUAUACAUCUCGUCUCUUACGUGAAUGAGCUAAAUAAUAUUAUUUGAUAUUUUACGGUAAUGUGUUAAUUUCACACAUAAGUCGCUCCUGAGUAUAAGUCGCACCCCCGGCCAAACUAUGAAAAAAACUGCGACUUAUAGUCCGAAAAAUACGGUAAUUAGAAUAAAAACUAAGAAUCAUCUUUUGAUAUGAUGUACUUAGUCCAUAAGUACACAAACGUGUACUUCAUGUUUAGUG